AUGUCUGAGGGAGGCUGCUUCUGCGGGAACGUCCGCAUCAAGUCCACGGGCGAGAUUCAGGCUAAGGUACCGCAUGAAUUUCCAGCAUGGUGAUCUUUCCAAGCUGACCACAGGUAUGCCUUGUGCCACUGUCGCGAUUGCAAGAAGAUCACUGGAUCGACGUACUCGACGAACAUCAUCGUCCCCGGCGACGGUUUCUCGGUAACGAAAGGCAAGCCAAAGGAAAUAUCCGUCAAGGCAGACAGUGGCAACCAGAUCACUUCGUACUUCUGUGGCGACUGCGGCUCGACCCUCUGGAGGCAGGGCGCUACCUUUGGCGACGCCAGGAUCAUCAAAGUGGGUGUGAUGGAUGACAUCGAGGCACUCGAGCAAGCACAGCCUGCUGUGGAACUCUACGCCCCAGAGCGUGUCUCCUGGGUUGGUGCGGUCGCCGGUGCAGGCCAGAAGAAGGCCAUGCCAGACUCGGCCGAGGUGUAA